GUUUCAGACGCGCUCGAAAUAGCGCAGAAAGGCCGUCAUGAACCACACGGCGGGGACGCGGCUCUUCCAAGCCACGGUCACGUACCUCCGUAGCCAGCCGAUGCUCACAGAGAAGGAGGUCCAGGAUCUCCUUAUGCUCAAAGAGUACGUCGACCGAAUACACCGGUUCUACCGGCGGCGAGGCAGCACCACGAGCAGCUCCAAGGCGAGCUUUCUCACGGACAGUCUCCGGCCCGUGCACCGGCGGUCCGUCGGGUCGUCAGUCUCGAGCAUGAACGGGCUCAUGCCGACGCGGGCCGAGGGCGGGCUCACGACAGCAACCAUCAAGGGCAUUCUCGCAGCCGUCGACCCAUACAUUGAGCUCACCGAGUACGACAUCAACACGUCCGUGUUUGAAAAGAUCUUUGGCUCCACGGUCGCGUACUACUGGUCGCUCUACAAGCCCGGCGCGGGGCGCAUCGCAGUUCUCGCCGUCGCGUGGCUCGUCUUUUACAGCACGCCGCUCGAGGCAAUGGUGCUCCCGGCCAUCUCGCUUCUCAUCACGCGGCUCAUCGCGACCGGCUGCAUUGGCUGGCUCGUGCUCUACUUUUGGUCGCAACUCAACUGGCGCAUGACGCUCGAGGCACUGAGCUACUUUGACGCGUGGUUUUUCGUCACCCAUGCGGUGCUCUACGCCAGCGCCUACGCGGCCCUCUGCGCAUUCGACCCCGUGACGAUUGCGUUCAACGUCAUGGGCGUCCUCGGCUUCUCGGCCAUCAUCGCGUACGACGCGUACCCGCUCUACUCGCGCCGCACCGCGCGCUACGUGCUCGUGGUCAUCCUCCUCAUCAUGCUCGCCAUGAUGCUGCAGAUGGGCCGCCGGUCCAACGUUUUGAACCGGGAUUUGUACCUUGACCUUGCCCAUGGCUUGGUCAAUACGACGUGCACGGUUCGCCUCAACGGCACGCUUGUGCCGUGCGAGGCGUACUUGACGUGGGGCUUCAACGUCUACGACUUUGCCUUUCAGCGGCUCCAGAUCCUCGCGAUCUACAUGACCCGGAAUACGUACUGGGCCUUUCGCGCGCCGCGCUACUGCGUCAUCAUCAAGUCGCGCGUCGCAUUGGAGGAAGUGCCUGUCCACGCGAUCUCGGUGAGCCAGGUGAGCACGGGCAUGGACGUGUACCGACGCAACUCGCUCGUGCGGACGUCGCUGGCGGCAAUGUCAUCGGCGCCCGAUCUCAAUACGAUGCUACAAGUACCGCCCACCAAUACGAAUCUGCCGCCGAUGAACGAAGCGUCGACGCGCCGCCUGUCAGCGUCGUCGUCGAUCAAGGUCGCGCCAAUCAUGGGGCUCGUCAAGAACAACACGCUCAGCCUCUCGGUAUCCAAGCAAAUCGAGCGCGCCAGCUCCAACCGGCGAAUGAGCGCCAACCGCCUUCUGAGCGCCAACCGACUCUUGGGCUCCAGCCGACUCAUGGGCUCGGUGCUCCAGCGCAUCAUUCCCGAGGGCGACGCGCGCCUCGAAGACGACCGCCACGAUGCCACGACGACCAUGAUCCAGCCGAUUCCGCAAGUCCACGUACCACCCAACUUGCCCGAGUUGCCGCCCAUGUCAAUGCAAUCGGCCAAGAGUUUAACGCCCGCACGCUCCGGUCCGCACUCGUUUCGAGGCAUGCCGCCCGAGCUGGCCGACUUAUGAGUACUAGCAAUGACUCUAGGAAGAGCGUAAUGGUCUCAAUCACGCUUGGCGCCCGU